AGCGGAAAAGCCGAUGGGUUUGGCACGUUUUCACGCGUGGUUGAAAAAACAUGUUUGUUGGCUGAAGGUAUGAGCACCCACGAGACCGCAGUCCACGAAUAAGAUUCCUUCUCGUCAUUAUGCAAUAUACGUUGGGACUCUUCGGGGAUUGUAACAGGGAUGAAAAAAUCAUGCACUGAUGAAAAAGAUGAUCGCCGAACAUGUACAGUGAAAUAGGGAAAGAUCCCACCACCAGGUUGGCAGACCGUUUUCAUCAUCUGUAAAAACUAAAAUGGGAAUUCCUGAUUUGCUAUGUCGCGCUAUAGUUUUAUGGACUUUGUGGCCUUUAAUGCCUCUGAAUGCUCAACAAUUAAUGUGGACCACCAUAUACGUCGAUGGCAACAAUCAGAUCGACUUGUGGACUCAAAAAGCAGAGGGCUGCCAAUGCCCAUGGGACAAAAACAGCUACGAGUGUGCCUGCUGUGUGGAGAAUGGAGGCUGCCCCUGUGGAAAACGUUUUCCGAAUCGCUGUGCUCAGUGCGGGCUUGAGUUUUAUUGCGAUCAUAUGUGUAACGUCAGCAUUGUUUCGUCUGAGCUGAAGGAGAAAUCUGGGAAAACUUUCGGUCAGAUAAAAUCGCCAUCGUUACAAGGACCGGACUCUUGCACCUACACCUUCAUUCCCGAUAAAACCGAGAGGGUCGAAAUACAAAUUUACAGGGUGGUGAAUGUUGGAAGACACAAUGGAACAAUAUGUGUAGGAGGUUUUCUGCAACUGGCAGCUGGAACUGAACCAAUGUAUAGCGUCAGCGAUUAUCAAAUAUGUGGCAGCAAUGAAAGAUACUCUCCUCCAGUUGUUUUUUUCUCCGAUGAUGAUAUAGCAACACUUCUUCUCCAGAUAACGGAAAAAACCAGUAGAUCUCAAUUCUUGGCAUACUUCAGUUUCACAUCGAAAAAUAACACUGAAGGCUUGUCGUAUCGGCCUAAGGGAGGGAUGAGACUCCAGAACACAGAUUGCGACUGGCUUUAUCAGGAUUUUGCUUGUAACAAAUCUGCCCUCUCCGGGAUUUCUUGUACCCUCGCCAGUCCGGGAUACCCUGGUGUCUACCCUCCCCACAGACAGUGUAAAUAUCACAUCACGUCGAGCCAUGAAAACGUGUCGGUGAGAAUCAGUCUCACUGCUCUCUCUCUACCAACGAACUGUAAAACUGAUUACAUAUCGAUUUAUAAUGGUACCACCAGAAGUAGUCCCUUAUUGACACGAAUAUGUGGCAAUCAACGGAAAACAGUGGAGUAUUCUGCACCCAAUCUCUUAUUGGAAUUCAGUACCGGAUCGCAAAGACCGCCAUUCUCUUUCAAUGGAUUCGUAGCCAAUUUAAAAUUUCUCUGGAAAAAUGCAUCGACUCCUCAACCUACGCAAAUAUCUGUUAUAACUGAAGACACAACAAAACCCACAACAACAGCUGUUUCUACAGUGGUCACAACCAGAUCGACGCCGACUACUGCCACUGCCUCUGGAUGCGACAUCUUUAUUUCCGGCAAUAACAGCCGUUAUGGAUACUUUGAUAGCAGGGAAAAUGAGUGGUAUCCAAUAUGUCGUUUGGUAUUCUUCGGACGUACCAGCGAUGUGGUCCACAUCUCGUUGUUCAAUUAUCGAUUGAGGUCCCCAUCCUGCAGAUCAGUGAUAGAAGUCAUUGAUAGCAAUGUCGAGGACAAACGAAACAUGAUAGAGAGAAUAUGCAGCCCGACAACAAAGCAGAUAAGAGAGCACAGUGACGAAACAACGGCACAGAAAACUUAUCUAUCAACAGGAAAUUCUAUCAUCUUAACCUUCCGUAGAAACUCGAACUCAGCCAGCACCAGCGAAGCCGAGUUCCUUUCCGGUGCCUACUAUUUUCACGAUGAACAACUGAGUGGUACCAUGAUACCCAAGACCCUUUGUGAUGUGAGGUAUAAUGGAGCCACCAGUCCACUAGCUGGUAUGAUCGACAACCCUGGGAGUCAGUCAUUAUUCAAGACCCUGGAUGGACCUUUGACAUGUCGACAACAAUUCGUGCCGUCUGCUAAUCAAAGCAUCACCAUUAAAGUUCAGAUGGUCGAGAAUACGCCAAAAGAACACAGCUGCACUACCCAGUGCGGAGAUCAUGGUUGUAGGUGCGUUUGGAAGACUGCCAUGAGGAAUGUAGAUUAUCUUGUGCUUCUCGGUGAGAACGAAUUCAACAUCGCCUGCCUUUGCGGCCCUUCACUAGUAGAAUGGUUGCCCGUGAGUGUGAGGACUUGGGGCCCUUUGACCAUCUUGUAUUCGAUAGCGAGAUAUAAUUGGAAUAACAAGGGUUUGACAUUUUCUGCUUCCUACUCGUUUAACACUGAUGGAAUUUGUGGGGAACACGUAUACACUGUUCACUCAGGAGAAAUCGUGAUGAACCACCAGAACCCAGCUGAGAAUUUGAACAGUUUCAAUUACCAAAGCUGCACCUGGAUUUUGCAUUCCAAUGUAGAACGUCAGCUUGAAUUAGACAUUUCUUCAACACAAAACCGUCCUUGUACUGCCUGGAAUAUAACUGUUCACGACUAUGACCCAGAUGCCCUGAAGAAAUAUUUAGGAAGCACAUUAUACACUUUUUGCUCAAGAGAUAACAGCAAGCUUUUUGUAUUACCAUGGAAGUUAAAUACUGUUGUUGUUAGGUUAUUUUCAAUCAGUAGGACAUUACCACAAUUCAAAGUUAAGUGGAAAUCACAAGUAAUACGCGCAAGAUACCCAUCCUCACCUGCACCAAUUGGUGAUCUAUCAGUGCGUGUAGAACCAAACUUAAUAGGCCUUUUAUACCUGCUGUAUCUUUUUGGAAGACUGUGUUCUAUAUUUUUUGGAUACAGGGAAGUUUUUAGAUGAAUCAUUGAUACGAAUCUACAUCGUCCUUAAUGAAUGGUCACAAUAGCACCUUUAUAGGAAAAAUAAGCUCAUUUGGUGAGAUUAGAAAGCCUGGACACGAUGUAUUUGUUAUGUAAACAGCGAAAAUCCCAUGUCUUCAGUUUUUUCUUCUCGAUUGGAGUCUUCGAAUAUAACUACCUCGGAAGGAAGGAAUUGGAGUUUGAAAGAAGCGAACCCCAACUAAGCCAUGCACUGGUCUGAAGUGUAAUGCUUCAUAAAUGUUUUCAUUAUUAGCAUAACCAGAACCUCAGCUCCUUUCAACAAAUUCCUACAGCAUUUCGCCUCAUUUUUCGUUGUGGUAGUUUAACUGCAUCUUAUUGCUCUUUAUGUGAUCAUAUAUAGAUAGGAAUUCGAAAAAUCUGUAUUUAUGUGAAUGUUAAAGAGAAUCAAUGACUGGAAAAGCACACAACUUAUUCUUAUGAUUUCAUUUCACCCAUGUAGAACUUUGCGACGAAGAAAAAAAACGUUUAAAUUUUGAGGACAUAUUUUUUUCAGAUUAUGUUCUAUGAAAUCAAAAAUGUGUCGUCAAUUCGUGAUUGAGUUAAUUGUCAAUUAUAGAUUUAAAACACACAUUCCUAUGAAGUGCAUUUGUUGGAAAUAAACGCCCCAAAAAUUA